CUAAACUUAGUGGUAACAGGUUGGAACUUCCUCAAAAAGGACUUUGGCCUUCUCUCCAAGGCAGCUGCCAGCAACUAUAUAUUUGUGAAGGACAAAUAUAUCAUCUGAAGAACAUGGCUGCUACCUCCCUGACGACCCUUCGGUUACUGCAACUACCGCUGCUAGCUGCUAUGGGCUUGGUGGUGGUCGUGGUAGUCGUGGUGGAUGCCCGUCCUCCUCCUCUAGUGGCUAACUUCGAAAAGGAAAUGGUGGAGGAACACAAUAAAGUCCGUAGCUCAAUGGGGAUAAGCCCAUUGACAUGGAAUGCGACCGUGGCAGCAUACGCAGUGGGAUAUGUGAAGCAGAGAUCAAGAGAUUGCGAACUCGUACACUCCAAAGGACCAUACGGGGAGAACAUCUACUGGGCCCAAGGCACUGAGCUAGAGAACGCCGCAGCUGCCGUGAAAAUGUGGGUAGAUGAAAAGAGAGACUACGACCACGCCACCAACUCCUGCAUCAAUGGGAAGCAAUGCCUCCAUUACACCCAGGUUGUUUCAAAGAGGUCUCAACAACUGGGCUGCGCCAACGUCAAAUGCACCAAUAACAAUGCUUACUAUGUCGUCUGUAGCUAUGACCCUCCUGGCAACAUAAUUGGACAACUCCCUUACUAAUUAAUUAAAGAGAUAUUCCAUAUAUGCUAA